AUGAAGAGGAGAAUCAUUUUAAAUGAUUUAAUAGCUUAAAGAAAUAAAAGAAAUUUGAAUAAUAUAAGGAAAAGAAGCUUUAGAAGAAAUAGAGUUAUUAUUUAAUUUAUUGAAAUAUAUGAAUGGAUUAAAAAAUGUGAUUUUUAAUCUCUCUUUCCCAAGAAGAUUAGAUUAUUAUACUGAAUAGAUAUAAAAAGCUGUUUUAUUAGGAGGAUAAUAAUGACCUAUUUCUGGAGGGUAAAAUAAAUAAUUUAACUAAUUAGUGGACUUUAUGAUGAUUUAGUAGGAAUGUUUUCAAAAAAUGAUAUCUCAUAUAUUGGUUGAUCUAUUGGAAUAGAAUAUUAGCUAUUUUUAGAAGAUAAAUAUAAAAAAGACUGCUGUUGUAUUAAGGGAAAAUCAAUCUGAUUGUGUUGUUACUACUAUCCCAUAUUUGAAAAUUCUUAUUUAAUGA